GAGCUGUAGAGGUGUAUGUCUGAAGCUUCCACCGGGAACACUGCUCACUACUUUUACCUCCAUGGGUUUGUGUAAGACCGCACCUGGUUAAGAAGUGUUGUUGAGACGACCUGGCACUCAAGUUUGGUACUCCAUGAAGUGGCCUGGAGUGGGUCAGUCCAGUAGGUCAGUGCACUCGGUGUGUGGGAAGCAAGAGAGAGCCAUGAGCACUCUGGGUCGGUCCAAGGACAAAACCUGGGGGGUCGCCUUCAGACCGGGCAUGGAUAUGGCCACCCUCCGGAGCGCCUGGGAGGAGAGAAAGCUCCUGAACGGAUUCAACCGCAAGUUAACCCGUUGGUUCGGUAGAAACACAGGCUCAGUCCUGUACAAAUGUAUUACAGAACUGUCUCCGGACUGGUUAGUGGAAUCCCCCCGUUUGUCCACUGCCUCCAUCAGUAGUAAUGAGCGGGCACCCUCCGCCACACCCUCCGACUGCUCCGACUUCCCCUCCGCUGGCCAGCGCCCCGUGAGCCUAGUCUCCACCUUGUCCUCGGGGUCAGGGUCAUCCCGGGACGACGGCCCCGCUCCGCCUCCACCUGGCGGCACCGUGCCCCCUACCGGAGACGACAUCGACUUGGAGCUGAAUCCUCCGGUUGGCGUCGGCGAUCAGGACCGCCAGCACCCCGAUACAGCGGACCCUUCUGAGGAAGGACUGGUCUCUUGUGGCGGGAAGUUCGACCAGCUUAACAACAACAACACUGACACGCCCUCGCGGGCUGCCAGCACCCGCCACACGCCCCCGUUAUCGCCCUUCGCAGCCAUAACCAUGGCGCCCAACCCCAAGAUCACCUACUUGGAUCGGGUGGUCAUGGAGAUCAUCGAGACGGAGCGCAUGUACGUGAGGGAUCUGCGCAGCAUCGUGGAGGACUACCUGGCCCACAUCAUCGACCAGGCAGACCUACCCAUUAGACCAGAACAGGUGUGUGCCCUGUUUGGAAACAUCGAGGACAUUUACGAGUUCAACAGUGAACUGUUGCAGUCCUUAGAUAUGUGUGACAACGACCCUGUUGCCAUCGCUAGGUGCUUCGUCAUGAAGAGAGAGUAUUUUGAGAUCUAUACACAGUACUGUACCAACUACCCAAAUUCUGUGGCUGCUCUGACAGACUGCAUGAGGAACAAAUCCUUGGCCAAGUUGUUCCGGGAGCGGCAGGCCUCACUCAAACGCUCCCUUCCCCUGGGCUCCUACCUGCUCAAGCCUGUACAGAGGAUCCUCAAGUACCACCUAUUGCUUCAGGAGAUAGCCAAGCACUUUGACCCACAAGAGGAGGGCUAUGAGGUCGUGGAGGAAGCCAUCUACACCAUGACAGGCGUGGCCUGGUACAUCAACGACAUGAAGAGGAAACACGAGCAUGCCGUUCGACUGCAGGAGGUCCAGUCUUUGCUGAUCAACUGGAAAGGACCGGACCUGACCACGUACGGGGAACUGGUCCUGGAGGGCACCUUCAAGGUCCACCGGGCCAAGAACGAGCGUACACUCUUCCUCUUCGACCGCAUGCUCCUCAUCACCAGGCGCCGAGGAGAGCACUACGUCUUCAAGACCCUCAUCUCGUGUUCCACCCUCAUGCUAAUUGAGAGUGCCAAGGACUCUCUAAGCUUCAGCGUCACUCACUACAAGCACCCCAAGCAGCCCCACACAGUGCAGGCCAAGACUGUGGAAGAGAGAAAACUAUGGGCCCAUCACAUCAAAAGGAUCAUUCUCGAAAACCAUCAAGCCAUCAUCCCUCAGAAGGCAAAGGAGGCCAUCUUAGAAAUGGACUCGAUUUACCCAUCAAAGUUCCGGUACAGUCCAGAGAGAAUGAAAAAGGCCAUGUCCUGCCAAUCAGACGAGUUUCCCAGAGAGGGUCGUCAGGGGCGACGGCAGUCGGAACCGACCAAACAGAUCCUGAAGAACACCAAAGCCGUCCUCAAGCACGCAGACAGCGAAGGGGCCCUACCAGACGACCCGCGCUCCAUUCAGGCAGCCGCUAGCGUCAGCACCCUGGGCUCGAGCCUAGGCGAGUCCGAGGCUGAGAGGCCUAGUGUGGAAGAGGAGGAAGAAGAAGAAGAGGAGGAGGAUAUGGGCCUUAGGAAGGGCUCACUUGAGAGGCUAAGCCCCAGUGACAUUGAGGAGCCGAGGACAGGGUCAUCGUCCCACAAGGGCAGGGCGACCCUGGGGGAGGAAUGUGACUCGGAUGAUAUUCUGAUGGAGGAAGACCAGGUAGAGGACUUUGCCAGUUCCAUGCUGGCCGCCAUCUCCUGCUGGCACUAUAGAGCCAGGGCUUUGCUUUCCAUGGGGGUCACAACGGAUGAAGAGGGAGACGAUGUAGUUGAGGAGAAUGGGUCUUACAAAGAGAAUGGGAUUUCAUCUGGUCCUGUGUUACAGUCGGAGACGGAGCAAAGCACCACCAUCGCGGAGAAGGCUCCUCAGGACAAGCCACUGCUCCAGACCAAGACCUCUGCCUCGGAGUCCACUGAAAGGCUUAAGCCAGCCCCCUCGGACCCAGAGAAGGCUUCUGCCACUCCUCCCAAGGUCUGCACCACUCCUCCCAAGGUCUGCACCACUCCUCCCAAGGUCUGCACCACUCCUCCCAAGGUCUGCACCACUCCUCCCAAGGUCUGCACCACUCCUCCCAAGGUCUGCACCACUCCUCCCAAGGUCUGCACCACUCCUCCCAAGGUCUGCACCACUCCUCCCAAGGUCUGCACCACUCCCCGCUGGAUCGCGUUACCAGAGCCCCAGAGUGACAAGGAGGAUGCAAUCGAGGAACAGACCGGGGCGUCGUCAGCAUCUCAGUCAGAUGACAUAAAAACAUUGAGCAGUGCAGAAUCUUCCGAAGAAGAGGAGGAAGAGGAAGUAGCAGCAGCACAGGAGAGCGGGCCCAACAGCAUUCUACCUCCCUCCGUACUGAAUCAAGCCAGUGCCAUCGCGGAGCACUUCACCAACAGCGCCAGGCGAGGCAGCACGGAUGAUGCCCGCUCCCUUGGCUGCCCCUCGCCACGCCUUCCCAGCCGGACUGGCAGCACCCUCAGCCUUGGCGGCGAAGGCAAUGAACGCCCCCACUGGCUGAACAGCUCCUGCUUCGAACCGACCCAGGACAACUUUGGCGCAACAGAUCUGACUAUGCUUUCUCCGAGGGAUGACAGCCUCUUUGAGAUCCACAGGAGGAGAGACUCUACCCUAUCCAAGCAGGACCAGUUGCUCAUUGACAAAAUCAAAAGCUACUACGAGACUGCCGAGCACCAGGAUGCCAACUUCAGCCUCAGGCGCAGGGAGAGCCUGACCUACAUCCCUACUGGCCUUGUCAAGAACUCUGUCAGCUGGUUCAACAGUUCGGACGAGAGCCCUGGCGCAGAGAAAAGUGAUACAUCAGCCUUGGCCACUUCCUCUGCACCCCACCCUUCCACUUCAGAACCUGAUUCAUCCAAGGCUCCAGGCGUGUGGGACUGCAUGACCUCCGGUGCAUCAUUUGACUCACUGGAGUUGGAAAGAAGUAAGAAGCCUGAGGUAGUGGGUUCAGAGGCAGAGCGAAAGGACCGGUCUCUGUGUUUACAGGAGAGGCACAUCCAGGACGAUGAGUUCCGACCUUCAUCUGAGAUGAUCAAGGUUUGGCAGGACAUGGAGAAAAAGGGGAGCAGAUCCCAGGGAGAGGCCAGAGGCCCUGUGAAAGACACCGAGGCUCAACAGAAGACCUCUAGAGUCGCUGGUCCAAGCCUGAGCAGAAGGAGCCAGACUCCAAAGAAGAACUCUGAAUCGGAGCCUGACGAUUCCUUUAUGAUACUGGAGGAAGCUGACCUGAGCACCAUCACUGAAGAAUCCAUGAGCCCUUCGCCCAUUAAGAGCAAGGUGUUGGGGCUUGGCCGUACAGCGAGUGUGAGGGAUCCCCGCAGAUCCAGGGUUGACGAGGGUAGGCUUUCCAGAGCUCCUAUGCCCAGGGUCAUCCAGUUGAGGGCUGAGGAAGGGGAGGAGGCCAGCAAGGAGCCUCAGUCGCCAGACGAUGCGGAGAUGGCUAAGAACAAAGUUUUCCAGUUGGCCCGGCAGUACAGCCAGCGUAUCAAGUGCACCACACCAGCUCCUAGACAGCGAGAUGUCCUGUUUGGAAAGAAGAAUCUGCCCUGUGUGAUCGAGGAGAAGCCAGAGAGCUCAGGUAAACCCAACUUGACGCUGCCCCUGCUCUCGUUUGAUCGUGUGAGCAAUCUCCAGGAGUUGAGUCCUGUAGCCAUAUCUCCCAACCCUGCUCACAUGCCUAGCUCUUUGGGCAGUCCCCGAGUCCUUUCACCCGGCCGCAUGUCCGCCAAGAGCCCACUCAAUCCUACGCCUACCGAGGCUUUUAACUGGCCUGACGUGCGGACACUUCGCUGCAAGUAUGCCAGCUCGGACAAAGAUCAGUCCCAGCUGCCGCCAGUUAACCGAAGCCGUUCAGUUCCUGAGAGGAUGGACAGCGGCCCCAAAAGGCGCUCAAGCUUCUGCUCCAGCUUAGUCACUGCUUCUGGUACGGUCGAGGCUCCGGCCUACAGACCCCACCUCAGCAGGGACCCUGGCCCUGGAGAGGGGUUGGCUAGGCUCCACAGGGCCGGGUCAUUGGACCAGAGACUGAGUGGGCUGCAUCUGAGUGAGCUACAGAACCUCCAGGAUGAAGUCCCUAAUGACAGUUACUACAUCUCGGCACAGGCCACCAUGCCCAAUGACCACAGGGUCGUUGUUGUGGAGAAGGUUCCGGAGCCUGAGACAGAAUCCAGCUCUGCAGAACCACUGGAGAUGGUACUCAGGGCAAGGAGAGUAGAGGUGGUAGAGGACAUAGAUGAUAGCUAUGUCCAGAUCCGUUCACCGACCACUAGAGAGAAAAUCUCCAUCAUGGCUGUAAUCGACCGCUGCCGGGCCUAUCAGGAGUCAGAUGAAUAUAGGCAAAGGGAGGAGGGCGGGGCUAAGGCAGAGUCAGUACCCUUAAGUGGGAGGGGCAAGGAACUUGACACGGGUCCACCCUCAAAUGAAAAGCUUGAAGAUGCCCAGAAAACUGCCAUGAACUUGGUCAAAAAGACAGAUGCUAGUCAACAGAACGUGGUGAAAAACUUGAGACAAAAAUUCCUUAACUUGAGGUGAAUAGCACCAGUAAACUUUUUAAGUAACCUUUUAUUCUCUUCAUAUUUUUCAUCAACUAAGGGGUUUAAGUUAGGUAUGCUGAUCUCAAGUUAGGAUUCGGUGUGCGUGUUGGUCAGUCUUGUACUGCAAUUUAAUGGUUUAAGCUUUGCUGUCAAACUUUCUGUGUACAUAGAAGCGGUUAUUGUGACAGCCCAGGGAAAAUGUGGUUGUUUUGUCUCAAAUGUUGCAUAGAAAUGUUUAAAUAUCUAUGUACAGUACUCAAGAGAACCCUCUCUUGAUCCUGAAAUGAUGUCGGUCGAAAGCACCUUUUGUACAGCUUGUGUUCCAUCAUAAGGCAAUUGUAUUGCACAAUUGAAGAGAGCAAUUAUUUGCUUUCUUUCUAGGGUGGCUACCCACUGGGCACAGAUGUCACUUCAACGUCUAGUUUUGAUUUACAUUUGAUUGACUUGUCAACUAACGUAAAUUCAAAGUAAAACCAACAAACAUUUUCACCAUCAUUGGAUUUAGGUACAAAGUUGGGUGAAAAAAAAACAAAUUACUUAAAUUCCUUUACGUCAAUGACCAUGUUGAUUCAAUGUCUUCAAAUUGAAUUGUUUUGUUGAAA